CUCCACCACCGAUCGUAACAUGUCCGAAAACACACACUAGUUUAGUCAAAGCAGAUAUCAAAGAAGUCGCAGGAAUGUCACUGUCUUUUUCUUCAGCCUCCGUAGCCUUAUCUGAAUGCUCAAUCCCAAUCCACCGUUGCUGCCAUGCUCACCGAGUCACCGGCGGAUCAAGAAGCUUGAGUUCAGUUACAGGAAGUGAUCGCCUCGUACUGAAUGUCAGAAAUGGUAAUUUGUGUCGGAAGUUUCGUGGUUUGAAACUAUGGAUACUGGAGAGGCUCAAUUUUCAAAUUCAACCAGCUAAGCUGCAUAAGAGGUCAACGAAUGGUAGUCAAGAUAGAAUUCAUCACUUCAAGAACAAUUUGGAAACAGGAUCUUCACCCUCAAUUACUCACACUCAUGUUAUUCCUCAUGAUAAGGUCAGUUCCAUUUCCAUGGAUGUUAGUGGAGGACCCUCCCUUUGCAUCGCCGUCAUAGGAGCCACUGGUGAGCUCGCAAGGGGGAAGAUUUUUCCGGCUUUAUUCGCUCUCUAUUAUAGUGGCUUCCUUCCUCAGAAUGUAGGAAUUUUUGGGUAUUCAAGGAAGGAUAUGACUGAUGAGGACCUGCGAUUCUGUAUAGCCUCCACAUUAACAUGCCGAGUUGAUCAUCAAGAGAAUUGUGGGGACAAGAUGGAUGCUUUCCUUAACCGAACUUAUUAUAUUAAUGGAGGGUAUGACAACAAACAUGGUAUGUCCAUGCUGAAUGCCCGAAUGGAGCAGAUCGAGGGAGGAUCCAAAGCCAACAGGAUAUUCUACCUUUCCGUGCCACAAGAAGCACUUUUGGAUGUUGCAUCAUGUCUUGCUAGCAAUGCUCAGACCCAAAGUGGAUGGAAUCGCAUUAUAAUUGAGAAGCCAUUUGGCUUCGAUGUACUUUCUUCCCAUAGGUUGACACAAUCUCUCCUUUCAAAGUAUGAGGAAAAGCAAAUAUACAGGAUUGAUCAUCUUCUGGGAAGGAAUCUCAUAGAAAAUCUCACAGUUUUAAGGUUUGCAAAUCUUGUCUUUGAGCCACUCUGGAGCCGUACUUACAUACACAAUAUACAGAUCAUUUUAUCAGAGGAAUUGGGCGUGCAGCCUGGAAGGUAUUUUAGUGGCUAUGGGAUUAUCCGUGAUAUUGUUCACAGUCAUGUACUUCAAACAAUUGCGUUGCUUGCCAUGGAACCACCAAUAAGCCUUGAUGGCGAAGAUAUUCGAAAUGAAAAGGUCAAGGUACUCAGGUCAAUUCGCAAAUUGGAGCCUAGAGAUGUGAUUCUUGGCCAGUAUAAAGCAAGUAGCAAAGACAAAGUUGAUGUAUGCGUAAAUGGUCUGACACCCACUUAUUUUGCUGCUGCAAUGUACAUUGAUAAUGCACGAUGGGAUGGCGUGCCAUUUUUGGUUAAAACAGGCUUUGGACUCAUCAAACACCAAAUGGAGAUACGGAUUCAAUUUCGUCAUGUGCCAGGAAAUGUUUAUGACGAAUCCAUCGGGCAUAAUAUUGACCGUGCCGCGAAUGAGCUCAUUCUUCGUGAUGUUCCCGAUGAAGCUAUCCUGGUGAAAGUUAACAACAAGAUUCCAGGACUGGGGUUACAAUUGGACUCUUCAGAGUUGAAUCUGCUCUACAAGGACAAGUAUAACAUGGAGGUGCCGGAUUCAUAUGAGCAUCUUCUGCUUGAUGUCAUUGAUGGGGAUAACCAUCUCUUUAUGAGAAGUGAUGAGCUGGCAGCUGCGUGGAACAUUAUAAGUCCAAUUCUGAAUGAGAUGGACAAGGACAACAUGUCACUGGAGCUUUAUGAAUUGGGGGGUCGUGGUCCUGUUGGAGCAUACUACCUCUGGGCUAAGCAUGGUGUUCGUUGGGUGGAGGACUAAAACUUACUCCUUGUGUUUUCUGUUAUUUUAUUUUCAUGUUUAUGGGACCACAGGCACAGCAAUCAAGAAUCCAAGAAUGAUGAUGAGGUCGCUUUGCUUGGACAAAUUAUGGACGCGUGCAAAUCAUAUUCCAUUCCUCAAUUCUCGUAUAUUAUUAUGAUUUGGUUUGAUUUGUGGAUAAAGCUUAUGUAAGUCUUGAAAGAUAUGUUAAUUUAAAAUUUGGAACAUCCAUUAAAGUAAGGUUAUAGUGCUCUCCA